AUGGCACCCCACGCAACUACCCCUCCACCUGUCUCCCACGAGCAACCCAUUCAAGCCAUCACAGUUCUUGCCUCAUCAAGAGCAGUUGUUGCUGGUCGGUUGACUGAGGCUACCAUCGUCGUAUCAAACCUCACAGGAAAGAUCACUUCCAUCUUUCACUCAGUACUUCCUCCUACAGACUUUCCUGAAGGUACACCAUACACCGACUAUUCGCCACAAAUCUUGCUACCUGGUCUCGUUGAUGCCCAUGUCCACCUCAACGAGCCUGGUCGGACUGAGUGGGAAGGUUUCUGGACUGGUACUCGGGCUGCAGCGUUCGGUGGUGUCACGACUGUCAUUGACAUGCCCUUGAACGCCAUCCCUCCUACGACUACUGUCGAGAACCUCAAGAUCAAAUGCGAAGCAUCACAGGGAAAGUGCUGGGUUGAUGUAGGCUUCUACGGUGGCAUCAUCCCCGGCAACUCAGGAGAUCUCAAGGCUUUAGUCAAGGAGGGUGUUCGGGGCUUCAAGGGUUUCCUGUGCGACAGUGGAGUCGACGAAUUCCCCGCCGUCUCAUCCCUCGACAUCGAAAAGGCGCUCCUAGAACUCAAAGACUCAACAACAACACUAAUGUUCCACGCCGAGAUGAUCCCACCCAUCACCGACUCUGUAGGCGACGACGUACAACAAUCCCUUCCUCCACUCGCCCCCAAAGGCCCAUUAACCUCAUACGACACAUUCCUGCAAUCCCGCCCCCCAUCCUUCGAAACCUGCGCCGUAGCCGAAAUCCUCUCGCUAGCCCACCUCGCCCCCGACCUGCAACUCCACAUCGUGCACCUCUCUGCCAUAGAAGCCAUUCCCAUGCUACGCAAAGCGCGCGCCGACGGCAUCAAGAUCACAGCAGAAACCUGUUUCCACUACCUCGCCCUCGCAUCCGAAGGCAUCCAGGAAGGCGACACAAGACAUAAAUGCUGCCCGCCCAUCCGCUCCCAAUCUAACCAAGACGGUCUUUGGGACGAACUGCUCCAAGACACGGCUGAUGGCGUGAUCCAAACAGUCGUCUCAGACCACUCGCCUUGCACGCCUGAAAUCAAACUCUUACCCCCGCAUCUAGCACCUAAGAAAACGGAUGAGAGCAGCAAGACCGAAAUCCAAGGACCAGAAGGAAAAGGCGAUUUCUUCAGCGCUUGGGGCGGCAUCUCGAGCGUGGGCCUCGGUCUACCUAUCCUGUGGACCGAAGGCACGAAGCGCAAUCCCGACUUCAGCGUCGAGGAAAUCGUACGCUGGUGCUGUAGGAAUACGGCGAAGCAGGUUGGGCUGGAGAAGAGCAAGGGCGAUAUCAGUGUCGGGUUUGAUGCUGAUAUUGUUGUUUUUGACGACGAGGCUGAGUUCUUGGUCGAGCCUAACACUAUGCUCUUCCGCAACAAGGUCUCGCCGUAUGAAAACAAGACGCUCAAGGGUGUUGUGAGGGAGACUUGGCUACGCGGUCAACGUGUCUUUUCGAGGACAGAAGGGUUUCAAGAGAAAUCUGGACCGCAGGGCAAGUUGUUGCUUGAGCCGCGCAAGAUGAGCGCUUAG